AUUUUUUCCUACGCAGUAAAGUUGGUGUAACUGGAAUGUACCUAACUGAUGACAAGUACAGAGAUGCCCCAGGAAUGGCGUAUUCGAUGAUAGUUAUUGCUCCGAGAUGAUUGAAGCUACAACUUAAAAUUCAUCAAUUUCAUUCCACGGAACUUUACUUAAUUAAUUUCUCGUCAUUUUGAUAAAUGUGAGGUGCCAAGUUGUGAAAAUGUGGAGGCAUUAUUUGAACAUUUGGACAGCACUUUUGUGUGUGCUGCAAGUCCAUGGUUUUACGGGUUACGUCACGUUGAGGGAUGAUGGACCCACCGUCCAGGGUGGAUCCAUUAUUUUUAGAGCUGAUUUAUAUAACUAUGAUGGAUCUAGACCUUCUGGAGAAUUUCGAUACACGUGGACGGAUAAUGGUGUACCCGGACACAGUUACGAGUCCCCCCAAACAGAAAAUACAACCAGUAUUUGGAAGGUUGAUUAUCCACCUGCGUUUUAUCCAGUUGGGGAAUAUUCUGUGGAGGUAAUUGUUAGUCAAUGGCAUCUCAUCUUCUGGAGGAUCGAAGAUAGUCAACACAAGAGAUUUGAGAUAACUGAGUUUUUGAAUGGGAACAUCUCAAUAUCGCAAUCAAAUCACACAUUGACGGAUUCGUACGUCUCUUCCGCCGCUGAAUCCAAAAUAAAAAUUGACAUGCGAAAAAACGACGAGGAUUACAUAAUAAAAAAUGCAACAUCAAUUUCGACGUAUUGGUUCGUUGAUUGUAAGUACUACGGACAGACGAAUAACUUCACAUUUGGAUUUAAUUUCACUCGUCCUGAUGAAACAAAAUCCAUCGAGGCCCUUGUAAUCGCCUCCCACGAACCUCCUACGACUGUCCCACCCACCACAACCUCUACCACCCCAAUUCCACCAUCAAAUAUCACAACUGCUAAACCAACAACUACCACCACAUCAAAGCCAACGAGCACGCUCAAGCCUUCUUGGCAGAAUAAUUCGUCAAUCGAUCUGGGGAAGAACAUUUCCCUACCCUACGUCUGCUUCAACUCUUCUUCAGUUCUAGCUGAUCCUAAGAAAACAUACGGAUAUUUUCAUAGGGAUAUUUACGUUAGAGCGCCAAUAAGAAAUAUAACAGUGGAAGGGACGAACUGGAUAAAGCCCUGGGAAAUGCUGAACCUGAGUGUGAGUUGUCAGGGCUCUGGACCCUUUUUCAAAUGCCUGGAAGUUCAUCCGGGGACUUAUAACGUAACAGGCAAUGAGACUUGCGACGAUGGGGAGCAAAUCACCACGUGCAACUUCUCCAUCGUCCAUUUCUUCCUGAAGGCUAAUGUUUACACUAUAUUAGUGAUACUUAAGAAUAAUGUCAGCACGACGGUUUAUCCGUUAACAAUCAACAUUUACGAAGUCACUGCAAAACCCCAGCUCUCAGUAAUUGUCGUGCCAGUUUCCUGCUCCCUGGCAGCGGUAGUGCUGAUUGUCUUCGGCAUUGCCUACUACAUCCAGAGUCGUGCAAAAUUCACAGUCGAAGUUGCAGACUUCGAUUUUGGCCAGAAUAAUCCAGACAUGGAGUACAAGACCUUCAGGGAACGGCUUCGGGAUUCUUUCAAUAGCACUGUAAGCGAUGUCCGAAGGAUUUGCAAUCGGCCACGUUAUUACGGAAGCAUGAAUCGAUACAAUAUCAACUCCACAGGAUACAAGCCUCUCACAGAUCCGACCGCCUCUCAAACCUGAAAUCGAUGAACGAAAUGAACGCACGAAAGAGGACGAAACUCCGCAGGAAGGCGUACAGAAACUAUUUAUAGACUACACUAGGAUAAAUCUCUUGUAGAGCAAGUCUUCAUUCCAGGAGUUAUGAAAUUAUAAUUAUUGUAUAUAAUACGAUAAUCAGGCUGUGAAACUAAGGAAACGGAUACAAGAGGAAGGUUUAAUAUCACAUUUAGUUUAGCAUUCUCAUCGAAACAAUUGUCACAAGAUUGACUCGAAAUUUAUAGUCAAAUAUUCAGAGUAUCUUUUCUCAGUAUUUUAUGAAUGUUAUAUUUUAUACACAUUAUAUUUUUUAAUUAAUUUUCUCCAGAUAAAUCCGUGGAAUAAAUUGAAAGUAUAUUAUUUGAUUGUCGAUUAAAAUUCUAUUUAAUCGUAUUAUCCAUCCCCAUACCUGAUGUAAUUGCUUAAUUGCAUACCCAUUAGGAUAACGAAUUAUAUUGCCUAUUUGCAGAAUUUUGUGUAAAUAAAGUCAAUGAAUAAUUGUAAA